AUGGUGAAGAAGUUGAACCCCGCCACGCUACUGCCGGCGCUGACGACAAACACGCGGUACCUGAAAAAACUAAAGUUUAUCACGAAGCGGAAGGAGGCGGCGGCGGCGGGGCGGCGGAGCGGCGGCAAGGCGAAGAAGAAGAAGGCAACGAAGAAGAGUGGUAGCGCGGCACGAGGGAGCGGGAAGAAGGCGGCAAAGGCUGCUGCGAAGAAGUCAUCCGGCGUCUCGGCGAAGAAGAAAAAGACACCUGUCCACGGCACUGCGACCAAAACGAAGCGGAAAACUAUUAAUAAUAAUAAGAGCGGGAACGGGGAUGCGCGUGAUACGGCGUUACAGCAGCAGCCAAAACAGAAACAACUAUCACCGGAGGAAGUAGAUCAGCAGAUGAUAGCGCAAGCGAUUCGUGGCGACGAAGGCACACACAACACCUCGUUGGCUGCUGGUGCUGCGGCUGAGGCGGGGGUGGAAGACUUCGUGCAGUACCCGUGCCUGCCCUUCCUAGAGGACUACGCGGAGCAGAAACGCAGCGAGAUUGUCUCCGCGGACACUCUUCUGAGCAACGCCCAUGCGUACUUCAAGGAUCUUGGAAAGAGAGAAUCCGCGAUGCGACGCGCCGCGGCGAAGCGUCUGAAGGAAUUGAAGGCCAUCAACCGGCGCGGUGGCGACAGAGACGGAUUCCGCUACGUUGUUCCGCGGAACGUGAAGGAGGUUGUUCGGCAGAUGACGCAGAACGCUGAGGGGCCAGACGAGGCAGCGGUGGACACAACACAUCUGACCUCGACCUUUGGGGGAGACGAGGCGCAGGAUACAUCUGAGCCGCCCAUGCAUCGCAAGCGGCGCAGGAAAAGCUGCUUUUCUGACUUCUACCAGUUCCAGGUGAGCAAGCGUUGGACACGCAAUGCGGAGAGCUUCCUGAACAGGGGGCGUGCGCACAAGUCCAUGUUUGAGGCCUCGCGACCGCAGCGCUCCAUCAAGAAGUUCUAA